UUAAAUAUUAUUAUUAUUAUUAGUAUUACUGGGAUGAGUGUUUUCAAGGGCUUAAUCGAAACCUUAGGCUCGAUAUUCAGUUCCGAUUAUUCUUCGUCAUCAUCCUCGUCGUCAUAUCUAUCCAGCGAUCGACGCCCUUCAGGGAUGGACGGAGUCUCCGGCGGCGUUGCCACUGGGAACGAGCGGGCAGCGUAUAAGCUCAAAGGCUACUUUGACUUGGCUAAAGAGGAGAUUGCCAAGGCCGUUCGGGCUGAAGAGUGGGGAUUGGUUGAAGAUGCGAUCUCCAGUUAUCAAACCGCUCAGAGAAUUCUCGCUGAAGCAAUUUCUAUUUCUGUUCCUUCUUAUGUCACUUCUAGCGAACAAGAGAAGGUGAAAUCCUAUCGUCAGAAGAUAUCACAAUGGCAGGGGCAAGUUUCUGAGAGACUACAAACUUUAAGCCGAAGAGCAGGUGGCGUAUCGACAGUGAAGAGUAGUGCACCUCAGUUGCAAAGUGGUGUAGAUGCUCAAGCGACUUCUUAUUCCAGAAAACCUACAUCACAGAAGCUUUCUAGUAAGAAUAGCAAUGGAUCUGUCAUGAGGAAUCAGAAGAAUGGUGCCUCGAGUGCAAAACCUUCCCAGGAAGCUGAUAGCAGUUAUGAUGCAAAAUUGGUUGAAAUGAUCAACUCUGUGAUUGUAGACAGAAGCCCUUCUGUGAAGUGGGAAGACAUUGCCGGCCUUGAAAAGGCCAAACAAGCCCUGUUAGAAAUGGUUAUUCUUCCAACUAAAAGAAAGGACCUCUUCACUGGCCUACGAAAGCCAGCUAGAGGUUUGCUUCUUUUUGGUCCACCUGGUACUGGAAAGACCAUGCUUGCUAAAGCAGUUGCUUCAGAGUCACAGGCAACUUUUUUUAAUGUUUCUGCAUCUACACUGACCUCAAAGUGGGUUGGAGAGGGCGAAAAACUUGUCCGCACGCUUUUUGCUGUUGCUAUUUCUAAGCAGCCAUCUGUAAUUUUUAUGGAUGAGAUCGAUAGUAUUAUGUCUGUGAGGAUGUCAAAUGAAAAUGAAGCAAGCAGAAGAUUGAAAUCUGAGUUUCUAAUACAAUUUGAUGGAGUUACAUCAAAUUCUGAUGAUCUUGUUAUUGUAAUUGGAGCUACCAACAAACCACAAGAGCUGGAUGAUGCAGUCCUAAGGAGACUGGUGAAGAGAAUAUACAUCCCACUGCCAGAUGCAAAUGUUAGAAAGCAACUUCUGAAGCACAAACUCAAGGGCCAAGCAUUUUCUUUGCCUGAUGGAGAGCUGGAGAGGCUCGUGAAAGAGACAGAAGGAUACUCUGGAAGCGAUCUACAAGCCUUGUGCGAGGAAGCUGCAAUGAUGCCCAUUAGAGAGCUUGGUGCAAAUAUCCUAAAUGUCCAGGCAAAUCAAGUAAGGUGUUUGAGAUAUGGAGAUUUUCAGAAGGCAAUGACUGCAAUCAGACCUAGCCUGCAAAAGAGCAAGUGGGAAGAACUUGAACAGUGGAACCGGGAGUUUGGUGCUAACUGAUCUGUCGUCCUGCUUACACAGCUGUUCUAAGUCAAUUAGCUUGAGAAAGUUGCAACAAGACUUGAAGGAAAGUGCAGUGUAGCAAAGCUGCUUUGAGAUAUAAAGGUCGCGUGGUCUCAUUAGUCGGACGUGCAGUUAUUUAUAGCUUACCUGAAACCCAAAUUCAUUGUCAUUUAUGUGUAUAUGGAAUUGUAAUUUAAGCCUUAAAAUUCUCAAAGUAAAGCAUGCAUGUACAUAUAUACGUCCAGAAUCUCUCAAUACUGUCUUGUGCAUGUGCUAAGCACAAUGGAUCUGAAUAACACGUACAAUAGUUACUGCAGAAAACAUGCAUCUUUACCUAUUCUGCGGCAUUUAAUUCUAGUGCUUCAUAUGGCUUUGAGCUCACAGUCCUCAGCAGUAUAGUUCAAGAUGCAAAUUUAUGGACUUGACUUGUA